UGUUUCACAGCAGCAAAGCAUGUCGACGAUCAAUCUGUUUGUCACCAGCUCGCUCUCAAGUCAGGCCAUUGCGCGCCAGGCUCGGUUUGACAAAGCACUUACCAUCCGUCAACUCAAGGUCAAGCUUGAGAUGAUGGUUGGAUCAAGCAACUCCAAGAUGCAGCUGCAGCUGUUCGAUCCGCGGGACAAGCUCGCUGGCGACAUGGCUGACGACGACGCCAUGCUCGGCGCCUACCCAGCCGAAGACAACUGGCGCAUUCAUGUGGUUGACCUCGAUCCAUCCAAGCGUGUCGGCGAGUUUGAGGAUUUAUCUCAAGUGGAAAAGUUUGAACUCAACGAGGAGCAAUAUGAUCAGCGAGCAGAUACCGUGCGAUCGUUCAAGCGCAAUAACAAGCUAGGCCGCUUUGCAGACGAUGCAAAGGACCCGAAUGACGAAGGCAAGGAAGAGGCGGCUGCCAUCACGGUCGGCCAACGUUGCGAAGUUACUGUCGAUGCGUCGAUGGCAAAGCGCGGCGUUGUUCGAUUUGUUGGGCGGACGCAAUUCAAGCCAGGAUACUGGGUUGGUGUGCAGUAUGACGAGCCAUUGGGCAAGAACAAUGGAUCCGUAGACGGCGUCAAGUACUUUGUUUGUCCCCAAAGUUAUGGCGCGUUUGUUCGCCCGUCCUAUGUUCGCGUGGGUGACUACCCUGAGGUUGAUCUUGAUAGUGAUCUAGACGAAAUGUAGAUCAAGUUGGACAACAGUAGACAUGCUUUUUUUUUUUCGCUUCUUUAUGAAAUUAUUGCAGAUGUAAAAAACACAAAAC